CCAAACCAAUGGACCUCUGCACUGGUGGUAACCAAGGCUCCGUCUUUAGCUCGAUGAAUAAAACUGUCGCCGACCACUCACACUGUGUGUGUGAUCUAUAAGCCAGAUGAAAAUAACAGAUUGUGAGGCACAUAGCCCACUAGGUACACAAUACACUUAAUCACAUUAAAGCUACAGUAUGAACAUGUGUGCUAUCUCUGGGUGAAGAUCUCCUAUGGGAUUUUGCAUGAGCCAUUUUUUGUAUGGGACACCCUUGCCGAUUGAUCAAUGACUUCACUGCUUAUCCUGGGGGAUGUUUCAUCCUAAUGUACGUGCGAAAAACAUCACUUUGCCAUCUGCCCAUUCUUUUUAUUUGUGCGGCAUAUGCGCUGUUUAAAGUGGCUGUGGUUGUAGCACCAAUUCUGAAUGAGUGUGUUCCAAAACAAGCAGGUUGAAGUCCAAAAUAUCCCAAGGCCUUAUAUAACACUGCCAGUUGCCGUCAACAUGGAUGAACAGAGGGCCCUGAUUGCAGGCAGUAGACCCAGAUGUCUGCUGAAAGUGUUACUGAGGCUCUGAACAUUUCAGACAAAUCAGGUGUUGCGAAAAAGGCCUUAUGUGAGACCGAUGUGAUGUAUAAGUCUAUCCGUGGGAACACAUGUGAUAAUGAUGCUACACUUGAAGAUGGCAGGACACGAUCAAGUAAACUUCCUGGUUGCCAAGACACUGAAGUAGACAAACAUACAGCUCAAAGGCUGUUGCUGCUUUCGAACAAGAUAAAGAACCACAAUGCUGUUGGAAACUCUAUUCUCCCAAAUGUUAAAUUAGUUCAGUACAAGUAUGAGAGUGGUGCUUGUGAUCCUAUUUUCAAUCAAAUAGCACAGGCAUUAAAUGAAACCACAGUGGAAAGUAUAGCCUGUAUCUUGCACACCAAACCAGGGAACAUAUUGCUGUGUACAAAUGGAGAAAAUAGAGAGAUGCUUACACCCAGCAACAUUGUGGAACAGAAUGCUGUUGUGAUUUUCUUCAAAUCACUGGUAACUGCAUUUUGUAAACAAGGCUGUGAAUCAGUAAGAUUUGAUCUACUUGCCUGCAGUGCACUCAGACCAUCUGAUAUAGGACAUCUGGCUCCAACGCUCGAGAGAUUACUAGAGGUGCCAGUUGGUAUUUCAAAGGAAAUUCUCGGAACAGACAUACCACUGAAGGCACACUCUAGUGAACCAUCCUUUUCAUGUGUAGGAGAAAUGUACUUCAAGACAGACAAACUUAAAAACUGGAGUCCACAACCACAAACCCUUGCAGGCUUUGAACGUAUUCGCACUGUUGGAAAGGGAGCAUAUGGAGCAGCUGUUUUAUACAGAAAAAAAGACGAUGACUCGUUGGUUAUUCUGAAGGAGAUAAAUAUGCUGGAUCUUUCAGCUUCAGAACGUCAAAUGGCUCUAAAUGAGAUCCGUGUGCUGAGCAUUUUUGACCACCCAAACAUCAUUAGCUAUUAUGACAGCUUUGAGGAAGAUGGAACUCUGAUGAUAGAAAUGGAAUAUGCAGAUGGAGGAACAUUGCAGCAGUACUUGAAUGGUUUGCAAGGGAAGCGAGAAUUAGAAGAAAGAGAGAUUCUCAUUAUGUUCCAACAAAUGGUUGCUGGUGUAAAGCAUAUCCAUGACCACAAUAUUCUACACAGAGAUUUGAAAACUGCCAAUGUAUUUUUAACUAAGGAGGGCACUGUCAAGAUUGGAGAUUUUGGCAUCUCAAAAGUGAUGUCUUCAAAUAAUCGUGGUGCUAGUACAGUGCUGGGAACACCUUACUACAUUUCACCAGAGAUAUGUGAGGGCAAGCCCUACAAUGAAAAAUCAGAUAUCUGGGCUCUUGGCUGUAUACUGUAUGAAAUGGCAUGUUUGCAGAAAACAUUUGAGGGAACAAAUUUGCCAGCAUUAGUCAACAAGAUCAUGAAGGGACAGUUCACUCCUGUGAAGGGAAACUACAGCAUUGAAUUCAGAACACUUGUGCAAGACUUGCUGCAGAGAGAACCAGAAUAUCGCCCAUCAGCUAAUGAACUAGUAGUUGCACGAAUUCCUGUCAUGAUGAGCAAAUAUGAAGAAAGUGUAACAGAUGCUGAAGAUGACCAGCAAACCUCAGAAAGUAAUACAACCAAAAGACAGAGAGCAAGGUCAGUGUUGUAUCGUUUUAACAUUUGCAACUUCGAUGUCAUUCCAGUGGACCUUCCUGCAAAACUCAAGAUCAGACAGGUCAUUGUUAGCCAGACACAUGUUGUUGUAGUGACAUUUGACAGCGAUGUAUAUUCUUGGGGCGAGGGAAGUAAAGGUCAACUCGGACAUGGUGAUCUUCUUUCAAGAACUUAUCCUGAGGUGAUACAUUCAUUGAGAGGGAAGUCCAUAAUCAGGGCCUGUUGUGGAGAAUAUUUCAGCGUGUUUGGAAGUGAUAAUGGCAUUGUUAUGACUUGUGGAGAUGGUAGUAAAGGGUGUCUUGGCCAUGGAGAUUGGAGUAGUGCAUCAAGACCUCGUCUCAUAGAAGCUCUGCUAAGUGUUGAUGUGACAGCAAUAUCCAGUGGACCCCAGCAUGUGUUUGCAGUUGGAGCUGAUGGUGAAGUCUUUGCUUGGGGAGUUGGUAAAGAUGGCAGACUUGGAUUAGGUGAUGAAGAAGACCACUGUGAACCAAAAGAACUAAAUAUGGGGCAGGUUUAUGUACGCGAUGUGAAAUGUGGUGUUGAUGGUACUAUGUUACUGACAGACAUGGGCUGUUUAUUGGCAUGUGGCAGUAAUGAGGACAACAAGCUGGCACUCAACAAUAGACAAGGUUUUCUAAUGGCAAUGAAGAACAUCUUUACAAAGACUGAAGUUGAGGGCAGAAAAGUUCCUACCAAAAUCAAACCCCUAGCAUCCUUCAGAGUUGUAGACAUGGUUUUGGGUCCUCAUCAUAGUGCUGUUCUCGUAGAACCUGGAGUUUUGUAUACAUUCGGUAGAAAUACUGAUGGACAACUUGGCUUUGGUCAUACAAAACCACGAGAAGCACCUAUGCAAGUAAGAGAGAUGUCCGAAAAACUAAUAUCGACUGUUUCAUGCGGAGAUGCGUAUACAGUAGCUGGAACAUCAGACAAUGCCCUUUACAUGUGGGGAAGAGGGUGUCGAGCAACACCACAAUCAAAUGAAGAGACAGACAAGGAAUUUAAAGCCUCUGACAAGGAUCAUUGUUCAGUGUCAAGUCUUGUACUGCCCAGUGAUAAGUCAAUUGAGGAAUCUUCAGUAAAUUAUCAAGUUCCUAGAAGUGCUCCCCCUUGUGCCAGGCAAGCAGACAGUGACAGCAUUUUUGCAUUUGAUGAUCAGUUACUCCUGCAGCAAUCUUCGGAAGAAGCACAUUUAUCAGGUAUUCAACAACGAAAAAACAUCGCUAGUGCAAGUAGUGCAGUCAGUGUUGAAAGUCAAGGCACUCAAGAGAAAAGGCAGUUGCUCUUACAACCUCAGCCAAUUUUUUUGCUUGGAACUGACACCAAUGAUGCAAGUCAAUCUUACCAGAUGACAUUAAGUAAUGUACUUUGUCAAGGAGAACACAUGCUUGUCCAUGUCGAGACAACGUGCCCUCCACCACGAAGGAGGAGUAGGAGAAAAAGAAAGACCAUUCCCCGAAAGUUGAGUGACCAAAGUCUCCAUGUUCCAAAGUCACUGUCUCAUUCUGCAAAUAGUGGUGAUGGUGGAGAUGAAUAUACAAGCUCAGAAACUUCAGAACUUGAUACACUUGGAUCGAUGCCCACAUGGAUACAGAAAGAACUUAAAGAUUCUGCAACUGGCGCUGGUGAGAAUGAUGAUGAAGAUGAUGGUAGUGAUGUUGAUGUGAACACUGAAGAAAAUGACCUCACUCUUGCGAGCAUAAAAAUUAACAAGGAUAUAAAUGUCCUUAAAGGAGUGAAACAAAUCAACAAAGAAAAAAUGGGGCAGAGGAUCACUGCAUUGGAUCAGAAGACUUAUCUAGCCCAGAAUAUUCACACUGUGAAAUCAGACAGCUUGAGGUCAUCAGAGAGUGGAAUUCAAAUGACAUCUGAUCAACAUUCAAGUGACUCCAGCUCUUGUGGAGUGCGACAGAACAUGCAGAGACGUGGUGCUAGCACUCCAGGUGUAUCUGCACAGAAGCAAGCAGUUGGAGGUUCUCGACCUCUUAAUCGGAUCAGAGCAGGUCGUGGGAGAGCACGCACAAGUUCCUGGACAAUAGAUGGAUCACUUCGUGAUGGAAGAAAAGGAGAAUCAAAACUUCAAGAAGAAAAUUUGAAAUUGGAAUUGAUAAGAAUUAAAGAAGAGAAACAACAAAUGUUGGGUGAAAUACGGCAACUGGAAGAGAAGCAGCUGCAGCAAGAAAUGGAAAUAAAAGCAGCACAAAUUGCGGAGGAGAGAGAACGUGUAAUGAAGCAAGAAAUUCAAAAUUUACGGGAGGAACUUAAUUUGCAAACUCAGAAAAUGGCUGCAAACAAUGAUCUUGUACUAAAUCUUCAAGAGCAACUUGUUAAGCUGCAGUCUAGUCAUUUACGGCAAGAUGCAAGGGAAAAACGAACUGCAGCAGGGACUCAGAAGAAAAGUGUAUCCGUUAGUCAAAGCAAAGUGUGUGCUGUCAGCUAAAUUGCAAUCUUCCAAGGAUUACAGGUUGGAGACGUAUUUUGGAAACUAAAGGGUCACAUCGACAGGAAAUUUGCAUUUUCUCAAUUCUUUAACAAAGUGACAUUUGUAGCCUAUGGGGCCUUACCUACCCAAACAGUCACUACAUAUGGAAAUUUCCCUUGCACCUAUUUAUUGUUCGCUGAAAAGAUUCAAUCAUCGGUGAUGCACCCUGACCUCCCACAGUGCAACAUGAUCUCGUCACCGUGAUUGUCCUUUUAUCGAUUCCGUAACAUAACAGACAUGUCUCUCUUGGCAUCUUUGAUUUAUCGAGUUUCCGUUUUCACUACACAGUUCUGUGUCAAUUUGAUCAUCCAUCCUUCCUUCUUGAAUAAAGUAUUACCUUAAUUUUCACACUUCAUGCGGUAAGCAUGUUUUUCUGGUGUAUAUUUGUGUUCUUUUCUCAUCCUUAUUUUCCUUGUAUUUGCACUCUGUUGACUGUGGAUGACCACUUGAGCAGGGGCACUGCCAGGAUCUGGUAUGGCCCCCUGUCUCCUUGGUCAAUCAUUGGCCUGGCGAACCAUCCAGGACUCCUGAGGGAGUACCCUACCAGGCUGCCCUACCACCACAGAGAACUUACCACACCUUUCACCGGCCAUGGUCCAGAGGAACACACGCAGCACUCGUGCCAGUGUUCCCCCAACAACUCCGUAGAGCAUCAGCUGCCAUUUGACAUCAGUCAAAAAGACCACUUCUCUGGCGGCCUCCGAGCGUACUCUCUCUUACUCAGAGACUUAAGCUUAUAGACUGGGCUCUCCAUAAAUGGGGCACCCAGCCAAUCUCCCUCUGGUACUAUGCAGCCCACCAAACUUCUACAUCAUCAGGGCUUCAAGUCACUGCAGCCCGGCUUUCAACUGGGCCUCUCUAGGCCCUACUUCUCUGGGUCCUUCCGCCCAAUGCUCCAGUUCCCACUGUAAUCGACUGGGAAUGCUCCCCAGGUGCUCUGCCUACUGUGGCCCUGUCUGCCGCCUCCACCGCCGGGUUGCCCACUACGAGGAAGAGCAAACACAAGUGCUCCUCAUCUUCAUCCAAUGCCUCCAAACCGGCCAAGAAGCACUGCUACGAUCAGCACGACCAGAAGGCUUGGAUGUUGGCCUUUCAAUCUAUCAAUAUGGCCCUUACCUCCAUUGCCCAUCACCUCAACAACAGACCACCUCCAGCCUCCACUGCCCUGGACCAGUCCUUCUGCUCCCGCCGUCCUCGACCACAAGCUGCCUUGACAUCGACCCGGACUCCACACUGGGGUCACACUACCCAGGCAUUUUCUUACAAGAAUGGUCUAUACCCCCACCGUGCAGGGAUCGGAACUACAGUAAAAUCUCGAUAAGUCGAAGCCUGUUAAGUCGAAACUCCAUGUACCUCGACGUCUUUCUGUAUUCUCAA